GUCAGAAGCGAGCGCGCCCGCCCUCGCGACGCUGGCUGGCCGCGGCGCCAACAGCAGGGCGCGGCCACACUGCUAUACACUCUUGGCUGCCCCUCCUCAGCUUGCUCAAGGCGCGGGCACUUUAUGCAUACGUAGCGAAGCUCUUCCAUUUGCUCGCUUCCACUUCUUUCGCCACUUCCUUGCGUUGAGUUUGCUGGGAUGCCGGCGACAGGGAAGGCGCAGCGCACCGCAUAUCUGUUACCGCCACUUCUCCAGGGCGCCCACACCGCAACUGCCAUGGUGGUGCAGGUUCGCGACAUCUUCCAUCACAACGCUUCCCGCAACGAUGCUCAUGCGCAGGCGGCACCGGCAUGUGGCACAAGGGCUGGGCUCAAAGCGUACUACAAUGCGGGCGUCUCAAAUGUUGCAGAUGGCGUAUGGCCUGACAUAACUGGAAACUUCCCCGCCACUAUGGGUGGCGCAUACACAGCGUCCGGCACGACAGUACUAUUCACUCAAGGGUAUGCCGACACUGGGAUGACAAAGUCCAGCUUCAAAAGUAGCAGUGACAAUUCGUGGACAGUCGCUGCGUGGGUAAAGUACACUGGAUCACCUUCCCAAGGCUACAGCGCUAUCGUGGGAGGGCACGACCCCUCUGGCUCUGGCACAGAGUUCUUCAUUGGGAAAAAUUAUGGAAACACAUGUUUAGGCGUGCAGGAUUUGCAGUAUUAUCCCGACGCGUGCGGCAUUUCACUCUUCGACGGUAACUACCAUUCUGUUGUUGUGUCUGUGGCCAGCGGCAGCGGCACGGUUUAUGUGGAUGCAACAAAUGUCUACAGCAACACUUGGAGUGGAGUGAACGAGGAUGAGCAGAUACGCAUUGGAGUGGAGCUCCAAGGUUCUGGCUUUUACUGGACUGGCGAGAUCAAAGAAGUUGCAUUCCUGGAGCGAGCCCUCACUGCUUCCGAGGUGCUCACCAUGCACCAAGACAUGUCGACUGGCACCGUGUACUGCCAGCAGCCGGAGCCGACGCCACCACCAACAUCGGCAUGUGGCACAAGGGUUGGGCUCAAAGCGUACUACAAUGCGGGCGUCUCAAAUGUUGCAGAUGGCGUAUGGCCUGACAUAACUGGAAACUUCCCCGCCACUAUGGGUGGCGCAUACACAGCGUCCGGCACGACAGUAAUAUUCACUCAAGGGUAUGCCGACACUGGGAUGACAAAGUCCAGCUUCAAAAGUAGCAGUGACAAUUCGUGGACAGUCGCUGCGUGGGUAAAGUACACUGGAUCACCUUCCCAAGGCUACAGCGCUAUCGUGGGAGGGCACGACCCCUCUGGCUCUGGCACAGAGUUCUUCAUUGGGAAAAAUUAUGGAAACACAUGUUUAGGCGUGCAGGAUUUGCAGUGGUAUCCCGACGUGUGCGGCAUUUCACUCUUCGACGGCAACUACCAUUCUGUUGUUGUGUCUGUGGCCAGCGGCAGCGGCACGGUUUAUGUGGAUGCAACAAACGUCUACAGCAACACUUGGAGUGGAGUGAACGAGGAUGAGCAGAUACGCAUUGGAGUGGAGCUCCAAGGUUCUGGCUUUUAUUGGGCUGGCGAGAUCAAAGAAGUUGCAUUCCUGGAGCGAGCCCUCACUGCUUCCGAGGUGCUCACCAUGCACCAAGACAUGUCGACUGGCACCUCGUACUGCCAGGAGCCGACGCCAGCACCAACGCCCUCACCGACGCCAGCACCAGCGCCCGCGCAGAGUUCGGCCGUUGGCGAUCCGCAUAUGCAAAAUGUGCAUGGCGAGCGGUUCGAUUUGACGGUGCCAGGUAGCCAUGUCCUGAUCAACAUCCCUCGUGGAGGUCGCGUUGAACAAGCAUUGCUUCGCGUGCAGGCCAAUUCGCGCCGAAUGGGUUCCCAGUGCGCGGACAUGUACUUCACCGAUGUGAACGUGACUGGGUAUUGGGCAGAGGCGAAAAAAACUGGAGGGUACUAUCACAGCGCAUCGCAGAGCGAACGCAGUAUUCCAGAGUGGGUUGCUUUUGGCAAGGUCGAGCUGAAGAUCGUUCACGGGCGUACGGGCGCUGGCGUGUCGUACUUGAACGUGCACGUGAAGCACUUGGCACGAGCCGGGUUUCCUGUCGGAGGCCUGCUUGGCGAAGAUGACCACAGCGACGUGAGUGCGCCCGCGACUGAGUGCAUGCAGCAGAUGAGUCUACAGACGCGAGCGCAUCCGAACGGCAGCGUUACCCCGGCGGCCUCGACCGCAGAGGGGUCCCUCGACUAAUUAGGCCUGCAAACAGCAGCGCUUUCCUUUUGCAGAGACAAGCACCUGACACGAGGGCUGCCUACAACCCUGGCCCUGGGGGAGCUCCACCGAAGCUUCAUUUCGGCACGCCCCUCUCGAGGAUCGUGGCCCUGGC